GGGUACCGGGUCAAACUCGGCAGCUCCAACGAAAGCACGUGAAGGUUUCUGUGGAAGUGACCGAGUCAACGGACAGAUUGUGGAGUAAUGCAAUGAAUCUCCUUUUGGUACAAAGUUUUACUAGUAGAAGUUCCAGCUUUGAUGAUCAUUUUGACAAUCAUAUUAUAUUGUUUGAAGUUUUGAUCUUCUUAACAUACCUCUAAUAAGAGGCUAUGAAUCGUCAGUGUCAGAAUCCACUUUGUUCCAUUUUUCUGAUCCUUGCUCUUUCUAUCACCACCUUGUCAAAUUGUAUCAAUGCCCAAACUUUUAUGGAACCUCCAACUGCCAACCUAAAUAGUACAUGGGUCAACAACUUCUCAACUCUCGUGAGAGACAAUGACUCCAAGAGGUUGCAACCCAUCCUUAGCAGAGGAACUGGAAGCACUGGUCCAUGGUUUUCUUGUGGUUUCUAUUGCAACACUUCCGAUACAUGCCUUUUUGCUCUUCUCCUUUUCCCAAACAGCACCCUGACACGAGACGCGAAAGUAGUCUGGUCCGCCAAUCGGAACAAUCCGGUUUCAUUUAAAGCAACCCUGGAAUUCGCUAGAGAUGGAAAUUUGGUCUUGAACGAUGCCUAUGGCUCUUUGGUAUGGUCGACAAAUACAAGUGGAAAAUCCGUGUCUAGCUUAAACUUGACAGAAACGGGAAACCUCGUGCUUUUCGACAGAAACAAUUCGACCGUCUGGCAGUCUUUUGAUCACCCAACUGACUCUCUGCUUCCCGGGCAGAAGUUGGUUUCUGGGCAAAAGCUGAUAUCAAAUGCAUCAUCAACAAAUUGGGGUGAAGGUCUGUAUUCGUUGUCUAUCGCCAAUCAGAAGUUGGUUGCCUACUACAUGUACACGGGGGACUCCAAUACUCCUGGCCAACAACUCUAUUAUCAAUCUGGUAAUGAGAUUAAAGUCCCAAUCGACAAAACUGGGCGUUCUUAUAUUCAAUAUGAAGAUGGAAGCUUCGGUGAACACAAUAUUGGUCGCGCAGCUCAGUUCAUGAGGUUGGAGACUGAUGGACAUGUAAAAAUUUAUGAGUGGAGCGAAUUAGGUUGGGAAGAGGUCCGUGAUUUACUUAGUGUAUUUGUUGGUCAGUGUGUGUAUCCUAUGGUGUGUGGAAAUUAUGGAAUUUGUUCUGGUGAAGGGCAGUGCUCUUGUCCAUUGGCACUAGCAGAAGACAAAAUAAAUUAUUUCAAGCAGGAGUCAGAAAGGCAAACCAAUCUUGGGUGCUCCCCAAAUACACCUAUUUCUUGCAAUUAUUCUCAAUUCCAUAGUUUUGUUGAGCUCAAUAACAUUUCUUAUUCUAGUCUUAGCGCAGCCAUAUCCAUUGGAGAAACCGAUUCUGUAAAUUGCAAGAAUAGGUGUUUGGACAGAUGUUCGUGCAAAGCAGCAGUAUUUCAAUACCAAUGGAAUUCUAUGGGAAGUUGCUACUUGUUGCCCACAGUUUUCUCCUUCAAAGACGUUGGACAAGAUAACUUUACGGUAGCAUACGUGAAAGUGCAGAAUCCUCCAAAAAAGAAAUCAAAGACGGCAAGAAUCAUAAUGGAAUCAUGUGUCGGAGCUUUAUUUGGGGCAUAUUUUACAAUUACAAAUAUUUUGUUUUUCCUCCGGGAAAAAAAUGAAUCCAAGGAAGUUGCGGAUGGCUAUCUUGAACAACUACCAGGGACGCCCACUAGAUUUUCUUACCAACAAUUGAGAGAUUUGACACAAGAUUUCAGCAAAAAACUUGGGGAAGGUGGGUUCGGGACAGUCUUCAAAGGGACUUUGCGUAAUGGCACAAAAGUUGCAGUUAAGCACCUCAACAAGUUAGAGCUAGUGGAGAAGACAUUCUUAGCAGAAGUCGAGACAAUAGGCAACAUUCACCAUGUCAAUCUGGUAAAGCUAAUUGGUUUCUGCAUUGAAAAAUCACAUAGGCUUCUGGUUUAUGAGUACAUGAGUAAUGGGUCUUUGAAUGAAUGGAUUUUUUCUAAAAAUCAAGUGGUUUCUCUUAGAUGGAUGUCUAGAAGGAAGAUCAUCUUAGAGAUAGCCAAGGGACUAGCCUAUCUUCAUGAAGGAUGCAGGCAGAAAAUAUUUCACUUGGACAUUAAACCCCAAAACAUCCUUUUGGAUGAGAAUUUCAAUGCAAAACUCGCUGAUUUUGGUUUGUCAAAACUAAUCGACAAGGACCAAAGCAAAGUUGUGACAACAAUAAAAGGAACACCGGGUUAUAUGGCUCCGGAAUGGUUGAGCUCAUUCAUCACAGAGAAAGUAGAUGUCUACAGCUUUGGUGUUGUUGUUUUAGAAAUAUUAUGUGGUCGAAGAAACUUGGAUCGGUCCCAGCCUGAGGAAGACAUGCAUUUGUUAAGCCUUUUCAAGAGAAAAGCAGAAGAAGAACAACUUUUGGACAUUGUGGAUAAAUACAGUGAGGAUAUGCAAUUACAUGGAACAGAAGUUGUGGAGAAGAUGAAGGUUGCUGUAUGGUGCCUACAGAAUGAUUUUGAGAAGAGGCCUUCCAUGACAGUGGUGGUUCAGGUCUUGGAGGGUGCUUUGAUAGACAUUGGAGACAAUUUAGACUACGACUUCACAAAUCCACCUAUUCUUAGAACAAUUGCAGCUGCGGCAGCCAUUGAUGAAGAAGAACAAGAUGUUGUUGCUGCCCAGACUGUGUUAUUGCCAUCGGUUUUGUCAGGACCAAGGUAAUAAUGAAAUUACAAAUUUCUACAACUGAUUUAUCAAGGUAAAUCACCCAUGAAUAUGGUUUUU